UGCAUCCAAAUUGCUGUGGGCAUGAACCUAACUUUGGUGGAUGAACUUUUUUAUUUUUAUCAUCCCAAUGGAAGUAUGACUAAAGGUUGAAUGCAAGUGAUGUAGUUUUAAAAUAACAACAAAAAUUUGUAAAGAAGAAGAAGAAGAAUGGCAGCACAAGCUGAUUUGUAGUCUUGUUCACAACCAUGGUUGCCAAAAAAGGUCCCAACAAAAAACCAAUAGUCUCCAACGUGUUGGUAAAUAAAUCUGAAGGAGAAUGCAUCUCAGGAGCUGGGAAAUUUUUUUAUCCAACUGGUGCAACAUAUGAGGGAGAUUGGGUUGUGGUUGCAGAGGUGGACGAAGGGGUCCCGGCCACUCCUCCUCCUCCACCUGGAGGGGGGGCUCCACCUCAUCCCCCACUUGAACAAAUGCGGCCAAAUCGGCAACGUCAUGGGAAAGGUGUGUACAUUGAUGGAAAUUAUCAAUAUAAUGGGGAAUGGAAAUAUGACAAAAUGCAUGGUCAAGGUUGCUUCAAGUAUGAGAGUGGAGCAUCAUAUGAUGGACAAUGGAAUAACAAUGUGUAUACCGGACUUGGAACUUACAUGUGGCCAAAUGGGGCCAAAUAUGUGGGUGGAUGGCUUGAGAAUAAGAUGCAUGGUGAUGGAAUGUACAAAGACAAGGAUGGAAACUCUUGGACUGGCCAAUUUUUUAAUGGAAUUGGACCUGGCCUCAUUAUGGAGAUUCAAUAACAUCAUAACUACAAAAUGAAAAAUGAAAAAAAAAACAAAACAAAACAAAACACAACAUUGAUCACAGUUAUAAAUUAAACACCAUCCUUUGACCUUCCUAUGAUUACUCUUUUUAUUUAUUUACUUCAUAGAUAUCAAUUGUGGGAUCACAAUUUUAUAGAGUUGAAUUUGUAUGUAUGAAUAUGUGCUUGUAGUUAUGAAGUUGGUGAUUCAAUGAACCCAAGCUUUUUGAUUGUUAGAUGAUUCAUAAUUAUUUGUGACAUAUAAAAUUUCCACUUUGGACCUUAAAUUUAAUACCCAGAAAAUCACACCAAAAUCUUGUUUACAUCUUGAAUCACUUCUAUUUCACAAAAG